AUAAACCAUGUCUCGAGCGGUCUCGAGGCACAACUUGCGCAAAUCUCGGGACGUUUGCAGAAGCUGGAAACGCGCCAGUCGAGAGGGCAUUCUGUAUCUAAUAACUGGCAUGGCUUUCGUCGAAACAGAAGUAAGAGCCGCAGCAGAGCAAGAGGCGGGUACUGCUAUAAACACUGGAAAUUUGGCGCGGACGCAUAUAGUUGCCAACCGCCCUGUAAUUGGGGACGGGACCGCCAGAGGAGUCAGGAAAACGCUUCGUCCGGAGGCCCACGGCGGCAGGCGUCUCCGGGACCGGGAAACGCCGCCUCAUAAUUAAAGAUAGGAUUAGCAAUAUAAGUUUUUUAAUAGAUACAGGCGCGGACGUGUCCAUUAUACCUGCGACGAGAGGGAAGCAGGUCAAACCCUCCGAAUUGAUAUUGUUCGCGGCUAAUGGAACAAAGAUCCCAACUUUUGGAGAACAGCAGAUGGACUUAGACCUGGGAUUUGGACGCGGAAUGCGCUGGGCAUUCGUGGUUGCCGAUGUUAGCCGAGCGAUAAUAGGCACGGACAUUUUGUCCUACUUUCAUUUGAUCAUCGACGUACGACGUCAGGUACUAAUUGACGGUCAUAGUCAUGUUGAGGUAUGUGCCCAUUCGGAGUAUUCUGAUUUUCCGACGAUCCGUCGAGUGUCGGCUGACGGGCCAUAUAGAAAGCUGCUAGCCGAGUUUCCAGGGUUGCAGCGCGCGUCAGCGACACCGACAGGGAGCGCUCAUAACGUAGAACACCAUAUUGAAACAACGGGACCACCGCUAACUGCCAAAGCCCGUCGAUUGGCGCCUGAAAAAUUUAAGGCCGCAAAGGAGCAAUUUACGCAGAUGAUUAAGCAGGGCAUCUGCAGACCAUCAAAGAGUCCUUGGGCGAGCCCUUUACAUUUAGUGCUGAAGAAGAAUCAGGAGUGGAGACCGUGCGGACGCUGUGUCUUUCCUACACGGAGCGAAGAUCUUUUCCACGAUUGAUUUGGCCAGAGCUUACCAUCAAAUACCUGUCCGAA